UGCGCCGACGCGCGGAGCGGUGCAUUUCGGGACGUAUAGUUUCCCCGCGGCACUGUGGGAGUCGUGGUUUGUGCACGGCCCCGGAGCUGGACCCUCCGCGGCGUGGAGCUAUGGGACGGAGGCCCCCAGAGGGGAGUCACUUACCAGAGCGAGUAGGCCCUUCAUCCAGAGCUCAAGUCUUCUGACUCGUGGGAACAGUGGGACCUGCCGCAACUGGGUUCCCUCUCCUCCUUGUCUUCGUGGCCCACACAACCAGGAGUGAACUCCCAGUUGGUCCAGCAUGAACUGGAAGGUGCUUGAACACUUCCCCCUGCUGCUGUAUAUCUUGGCGGCGAAAACACUAAUCCUCUGCCUGGCGUUUGCCGGAGUCAAAGUCUACCAGAGGAAACGACUGGAAGCAAAGCAGCAAAAGCUGGAAGCUGAGAAGAGGAAGCAGGCGGAGAAGAAGGAGAGCUAGAGGGAGUGAAAGGCCGGAGUGCUUCCGCCCACACGCCCCCAACUCCAGGAGGCGGGAUGUUGGAAAAUGGCCCUGCCCUGGGAUGAGCGCAGAAGAGGAACACGGAGCCAGAUGCGUCCUGGCUCUGCCCUUGACCGCUCAAGGACGGUCCAGGCUCAGCUGGGUUGAUGGAGCCCACACCUGGCCAAUCAGGGGACCAAGCAGCACCCCCACCCCGGGCAGUAUAAACUCCUCCCAUCUGUGACUGAUUUACAGAACAUUUUUACAUACUUGACCUCAUUCAGUUUAGACAACCACCCUGUAUAUAGGCAGGGCAGUGAUCCUGAAGUUCAUUUUACAAAUGAAGACGAGAUCAGGUGGUAACUGACUCACCUAGGGGCAUGCACACACACCUGUAGGGACAGGAGGGUCAAAGCUAGAAUCCACGUCUUCCUAUUAGGAAGCACUCACAUCCCUCUCUAGCUGGCUCUAUGGGUCAGCCAGGAUCAGGCCAGGCUACGAGUGGUGGAGCCCUAACCACAGAGGUUUAAAUAAAGUAGGAGUUAAUCCCCUAUCCCUGCAACCAACACAAGAAGUCCUAAGGUUCUAAGGUGACAGUUUACGGUUAAUAGGAUGGAUCCGUCAUCAUAAAGAGCCCAGCAUCUUAUCUUUUUCUUCCACUGUCCUAGACUUGGCUCCAUCCUUGAACUCCUAGUCCAAAAUGGCUGCUGACCAAGUCAUUGCAUUAGCAUUCCCAGCAGAAGAGAAGGAACAAAAGUGGAAAGAAGGACCCAUCCCUUUUCUUUUAAGGGACUUUACAGGAAGUCUCACCGAGCAGACUUAGGCUCAAGGGAAGCUGGGAAAGGUAGUCUUUACUUUGGGUAGUGAGGCGGCCAGCUGAACAUCCUUCCUUCCUUUGGGUGUGACCACUUGUCCACUCAGCAAUAAUGCGAGCACCCUCAAUGUGCCUAUAGUCUGUGCCCUGGACAGGGGUCCAAAGAAAGCAAGCUCGGGCCCUGGAGGCAGUCAGGCUGGUGGUAAGGAGCACGUCUCGGUCAGUGAGACACUGGAGGUGAGGGAAGUGAGGGGUCAGAGUCCAGGGCUGGUGCGGGGAGUUGUGGGCAGAGUGGCAGGAAGAAAUAAAGCUGGAGCCGAGCCCAGAGGAAGCGGUGCUGCUUAUCACAGAGGGAGAGGGGAGAGACCGCCCGCCCAGGCAGAAAGUCAAGUGUGCCCAGGCUAGCAGCUUCCUUCGUCUUGGCUUCUGUGAGCAUGAACUUGUGUGUGUGUGUGUGUGUGUGUGUGUGUGUGUGUGUGUGUGUGUAUGGAAAGUGGGGAGCAGUGUGAGUGGAAAGAAAGGAAUGUAAAUGUGGAAAGGACAGGGUGGAAGAAGGAAGCCAUGCAUUGUGUGAGAAGGAGCCUGGGCUAUUCUGGAAGGAAAGCAAAGAGGCGGGAGGGUGCUGAGCAGGGCAGUGGGUUACGGUUUUCAGUAGGGUGGGGACCCAUAACUUUUCCCAGUGAGGAGUCCAGCUCCUGGUUAAACACCCUUGUGUGGUUUUCCAGGCCCAACGGCGGCAGUUACAGUGGCGUUGCCCAGCAGGGCCUGUGGGGACAAAGGCUGCCUCCCCCAGCAGACUGGGAGGCAACCAGCGCCCUGCAGUCUCCACAG